AUGGAAAGAGUUGAAAUGUCAAACGAGGAUGAAGAAGAGAUGUUGCUGAAGCAAGGGAAAGACGAAGGAGAGCAGAUAGAUAUACAGAACAACGAUGGUGUCGAUACGCUUAAAGAGGGUGAUGACGAAGAUUUCGAUGUCUUUAGAAACGUCGGUCAAGGUUUGACUGGCCAAUAUAGAGAAAUGCUGAUUCAAUACUGGCAAGAAUUAAUCAAUGAAAUUGAAUCAACGAAUGAACCAAACUCAAAAUUUCAAGAUGAUUUUAAAUCACAUUCAUUGCCAUUAGCAAGAAUAAAAAAAGUCAUGAAAACUGAUGAAGACGUAAGAAUGAUCAGUGCUGAAGCUCCAAUAUUAUUCGCAAAAGCUUGUGAAAUUUUCAUCACUGAAUUAACAAUGAGAGCUUGGUGCGUUGCUGAAAGCAGUAAAAGAAGAACUUUACAGAAAGCUGAUAUCGCAGAAGCACUACAGAAAAGUGAUAUGUUCGACUUCCUAAUAGAUAUCAUUCCAAGAAACUUACCUCAACAGUAA